AUGGAUCUUUCAAGUGCAACUGCUGCGGGGCAGCAGGGGACGAGAUCCAACGUGCGAUGCUUCCGGGUAUCGUCACGGUCGAACAAACAACGCGACGGAUCAGUAGGCGCGGAGCGCCCUACUGGUAAUGCAGUCACGCGUGUCUACAACGGACACGCGAUGAUGUCGAUGACGAAGAGAGCGGACUCUCUUCAAGUGUUGGCAGACUCGGACGUGUCGAACAACUUGUUCGACAGCAACGUCUGCCGUUGUUGGACUUCGGAGAAGCAUGUGCCUCGAAGUCAGUUUGAAGUACGAUUGGCAACAGGUACCAUCGUGAAGACCGAGAAGCGCGUACUUCACGCACGCUUAUCGUACAAAUACCGGGUGUUUGUGGAAGAACUUCUCGUCCUGGACUUGGACGAGAAGUUCGACAUGGUGUUGGGCAUGCCGUGGCUUGCACGGCAUGAUCCUAUUAUCGACUGGGAGAAGCGUACGGUCGUACGCUUCGGACGCCGCGGCGCAACAGAGAGCGAUGGCCCUGUUAGUGCAGCGGAUACACCGAAUGGUGCAUCCGAACCUCCAAUAGAGACAGUGACUCGCGCCGCUGUCUCCGGUUGUAGCACGUAG